GCACUCAUGAUUUUAUCGAAAGCAUGACAAUCCUGGCGAAUUACUUCAAAUGCAGUUACUAUUAUUGAGGCGUUCUAAAAACCAGGAAAUAACAAGUACCUUAGAAUUAUUAAUCAUUUGUUAGGAUCCGAAAUGCAUUUUAAUUUUUUUUUUAAUUUUUAAAAAUUGUGGAAUAGUGUGUAUGCACUGGUGUGGAUAUUCACUGACAGCGGGAUAUUUAAUUACUAUUUAGAUAUUACAAAUGUCAAUGUCAGACGUCAAACAUAAACGUCAGUGAUGUUAAUUACGACGCUACAUAAUAAUAAUUUGUCUGUUGUGAUUAAGAAGUUUUUUCUAUAAUAUAGUAUUUUAGUUUUUAUAAAAAUUGUGUGAAACUAGUAUGUAAUUAUUUCAUUAGUUUGUUGUUUUGUGUGAAAGUAGUAUGGAAAUAAUUGGAACCAAUUUUGUGCCUGGGGAUCCCAGGCUUAUUGACCAUAUAGUAUACGAAUUAAAAGCACAAGGGAUUUUUGACCAAUUUCGUAAAGAAUGCAUAGCCGAUGUGGAUACAAAACCUGCCUAUCAAAAUUUAAGGCAAAGGGUUGAAAGUAAUGUAACCAACUUUCUUAACAGCCAGAAGUGGAGUGCUGAGUUGAAUAAAAAUCAAGUUCGUGAAAUGCUUCGAAAAGACAUUUCAGAAUCAGGUUUUCUAGAAACUGGUGUAGAAAGAAUAGUUGAUCAAGUUGUUAAUCCUAAAAUAAACACAGUCUUCCUGCCACAAGUGGAGAAUGUAGUCUACAAAUUCCUUGGAAUAGAGAAACCUACUAGUAAAGAGGAAACAACUAAAGAAAGCAAGGAUACCAAACCACUCCAUAUAAAUAUUUCCCAAAAUGAUCUUCUCCCUAAUGAUUUGGAAGCUAUAUCUCCAGAGUCAGAGACAACAGAGAAAAAAAAUGACCAAAGGUUUGAUUCAGAAAAAAAUGAUGAAAACAAAAUAGAUGAAGAUGAAUCACCUCCCUUCGAACCCUUAGAAGGAAGUAUUCCCCAGACAAAUCUGGAUGAAAAUUCUGUUGAUAGUCAUUUAUCAGGUUUAAUGAGUCAAGAUUCCAAUCAUAGUGAAAGUAAAUUCAAACCUGAUAAUUCGAAUCAGGAUUCUCAGUUCUCUAAACAAAGUUCAGGAGAUGGCCAUUUAUCUAUGGAUAUAAGUGAAGAUUCAUCUCACUCAAGAACAAAGUGGAUGGAAAUUGACAGCAAGUCUGAUCCAAAUUCUAACUCUUUCAAUUUCAACUUAAAUGAUAAUGAGAAUAAAUUCCAAAUCAAUUCAACAGCAGAGCAGCCAGUAAAAGAAGAUAUCAGUGAAAACAAUAAAGAAGAGGAGAAUUAUAAUGAAAAUAAAUUAAAUGAAAUAACAGACAAUAAAUUGGAUCAGGUUAAUGCAGAAGAGAAUAAAGAAACAGAAAAUGGAAAAUCAAAAAGUGAAGAUAAGAAGUCUGAAAAGUAUAAAAGUUCAGAUAAGCAUAAAUCACGACAUGAAAAAAGCAAAGAAAAAGACAGAAAGGACAGAGAAAAGAAAGAUAAAAGUACCUCAAAGGAGUCUAAAGAACGUAAAAGUGAAAAAGAUAAAAGUAAGAGUGAUAAAGAUAAAAUAAAAAACAGUAAAUCUGAAAAAGAUAAAACCAAAAGUGAUAAAGAAAAAGAUCAUAAACAUAAAAUAAAAUCAGAUAAGGAUCAGAAUGAGGGUGAAAAGCCUGAUAAAGAUAAAACUAAAUCUGAAAAACAAAGAGAUAAAGGUAAAUCUGAAAAAGAUAAGUCAAGAGAUGAUAAGAGUAAAUCAAAAGAUAGUAGAGACAAGUCUAAAGAUGGGAAGGCUAAAAUCAAGGACAAGGAAAGUGAAAAGAAAGAAAGCAAACAUAAAACUGAUAGGUCUGAUGAGACCAAAGAGAAAUCAUCAAGCAGUAAAUACAAAAGUAGCAGUAAAGACAUUGAUCAGAAAGAGAAGAGUUCAAAAAGUAGAACUAAAUCUGAAAAUGGACCAGAUCACAAGGCAAAAUCUGAUUCAAAACAAAAGAAAAAAAGCGAUUCAAAAAAUUCUGAAGAUUCUACUAGAGGGAAAGAAAUUAGUAAACAUAAAAAAGAUGAAAAACGGGAUAAAAGCAAGGAUUCUAAACGGGACUCUAAACGGAGCAGUAAAGAUGACCAUUAUGGAUCAAAAGGGAAGAAAUGGGACCGUCGAUCCACCGAUAGGGACUCAAGUGACGGCCGAUCAGGGAAUUAUAGUUCUCAAAGUUCAUUUUCUGAAACACCUCAGAAACAAACCAGCGUCCAGGAGUCGUCCAAUUCUGGUUCCGGAUCCGGAGAUUCUGGAAAUUCAGACGACACAGAAGUCAUGCAAGAUUCCUCCAACUACCAAUGUCAAAACAUGGACGAAAUCGCUGUUUUCACCAACUCUCAGCAUGUUGGUGAUAAUGUUCAAGUACCUGAAAUGCAAGUGAAACUUAUUAAACCGAAAUUCGCCUCAAACAUUUAUGAAGCUAUGAGAUUAAUGAAAAUUAGAAAGCAACUGCACAAACUUGAAAAGCAAAAUCAACUGAAUUGUUUCAACAAUUUCAACAAGACCACUUUGCUCUCUUCUGAUAAUGAUAAAAAUCAUAAAACAAAAAAUAAGAUAGACGAAUCAGAACAAGAUGGAGGUGAUAAGAAUAAAGAAACUGAAGACAAAGAAAAGACUGACGAACUGGUGCCUCCUCCUCUUGCUAACCAGGUGAUAACUAAAGAAAGUUGGGACGCUUUAGAGGCGAAAUUGGCCGUUCAACAAAAUCUAUUAACAACAAACAUCACCGAGAGUAACGACAAGGAAAAUUCUUACAGAGAUAGCGAAGAUAUGGAUACAAACGAAACUCCCAAUACACAAACUGAUAAGGAAAAAUCUUCCGUGGCUGUAGAGCCAGGAAAUUCGAAUAAGAAAACUGAUAAUUCGUCGAAAGAAACACAAAAACCGGAAGAGGAACAAAAGCGAGCCGAAACAUCAAAGGAAAUGGAAAUAAAAUCAGAAGAAAUCGAGAAUAAGUGUUGCAGUAAUGAGGAAUUAUCAGUCACAAUAAGAUCAAGAGCAGAAGAAAAGGCGGAAAAGUCAUCAACCGCUGAAGAAACUGAAGACACGAUAAAUAUUUCCCAUUUGAAUCGUAAUUGUUCCACAGACACGGAUAAUUUGACCCAUCUGAAGACCUCUUUGGAAAAACUCGAGCAAGACAUAAGUCUUAUCACUUCGAUUGUUAAUAAGCGUCAACAAAAACCAACGGAAACCCAAGAAGAAAUCGCUACAGUAAAACGAAAUGUUCUUAGCGAUUCCAAUGUCGUAGUGGCUGAUGGUAAAAACAAGAAGCAACAGGUGUACGCUGAUGAUAAGCAAGUGCCUAGUAAACCUGCCUCUAAAAGGGGCCGGAAACGAAAGGAGAGUUGCCUGGGACCUUGCGACCAUCAUAAUAAUAACAAAAUUGAAAACCACGUCGUCAACACGGACACUGCAUCAAUUGCACAACUGAAUCACAAAGUUCAAAAUAACACGAUAUCUAUAAAUUCGAAAAUUCCAGCUAAAAAGAAGAAACCCAAUGGAAAUGGAGUCGUAACAACUGACGUCAAGCUGGAUCUGUGCUCUAUGGACGGACAAAAACCAGUUAAAAACGGGAAAAAGGAAACGGAACUACCGAAAACUACAAAGAGAAAAAAUACCACUGAACGACUGUCAGCGAAUUUGCAAAGGUACUCUAGCGAUGAUCUCUACAAACCACGCCUUAAUUUUAAUUCCAGGAGAAGAUCAGCGCGGGCGUUAGGGAACGACUAGCCCUUGUUUAAUAAUUUUAUAAUUGUAAUAUAGUUCGUGUACUAACUGUUGUACAUUACAUCGUCAUUAAUUAUAUUAUGUAUAUAUAAUUUUCAUUCCUACAACGUACGACAUUACUUAUAGUGUGUACUUGAUUGUAAUAUUGUUUUGUACAUAGUACUCAUAUUUAUCGACAGUUGUGUUUUAUUUUUGUAAAAUACGCUGUUUUUAUGAUUUUAAUGCUAUUUGUAUGAAGACGUAUCAGGCUUCCUUAACCAAGGUAAUAAUUUUAAUUGAUUUAAUCAACAGUAAUUGGAAAAUUGCCCGUAUGUCGAUUUAAUUAUUGUUUUGAAAAUUUUUAGAAACAAACAAAUUAUAAAUGAAGACUUUAAAAAUAAAAAAAAAUACAAAACUAUUUAAAUAAAGUAGGCAUUAAUGGAAAAAGGUUUUAUCAUGGAGGCAAUAAGAUAACGUGGAUUUUAACAUUGUAUUACCAUUUAAAUCUUGUAGUCUAUUUUCAUAUAAAGCGAAUAUUUUUCGAAUUAGCAUUGUAAAAAUUAAAUUAUUUUAUUGUAACUUAUUGGUACAGAUGUUUUGCUUUGGCACCGGUUUACUUUUUUUUCAAGUUUCACCUCAAACAUUUUUUUGUAUUCUGUCACCCUGUAUAUCUUUUGUUUUGUCCCUAACAACCUACUUGACAUUGGAAAUCAAAAAUUUAAAUACGUAACGUUUUGUAAAAAAAAA